UCAUUACCGUAAUAUAAUUUAUGAAUAUUUUAUGAACCCUAUUUCGUGUAACUUGAACCAGUCGGAUUUGUUUGAUUACAAUAGUAGAUUUAGAGUAUUAUCUUUUUGGUAUCAAUUACCUUUAGUGUAUUUUAAUCUUAUGAUAUCGAACAUUACUAUUGAAGAUGGCACUAUCUCCGGAACCCGGAACACAAGGAUUUAGUAGUGAUUCUAUUCUGGACAGAUACAGGCCAAUGAGUAAUACAAAAACCACUUAUGGGUAUAUGAACAGUUGGACAAAUUUGAGAGACGCGCCAUCUGGUGUUCCACAGACCAUUGCAGACACUAACUACAAAAAUGCACAACAAAAUGACCACGACGUAUUGUACAAUAAAACAUAUGCUGAUCUGACCUCCAAAAUAGCUUACCGACAUCCAAACCCUGGAGUACCAAGACAAAGACAAGGAAGAAUUGGAGGAAGUUGGAGACAUAUAAAAGAAGUUUUAGGACAUGGUGGUAGUAGAGUAGUUUAUGUUGAUGGUUUGAUAAGUGUAUAUGACAAAGAGAACUUUAACCAACACCUGAAUGCUCAAUUGCCGUUCCGUCCACACUUGAAAAAGACUUUAUAUUCACCUACCCGCCAUGACUAUACACAGCAAACUUACAACCCAUGGGAAGACUGCGAGGGAAAAGUAGGAAAAUUACCACCAGUAUCUGCUUCUCAUGAUCCUGACUUGGAGAGAAAGCUCAAUAUACAGAGUGCAAAUAAAUACAAAGGAUUUUACCAUUACAACAAAAAUUGAAUGUAUUAAAGCACUAUAAAGACUGGCUUUGAGGCUCGCUCAAAUUACACAACAGUAUUACACAGAACAAUUAACACUCAUUGUUAUUAUUUAAUUGUUUUAUUUAUUGAUGGAAUUAUCUAUUAUAAUCAAAAUAAAAUGUUACUGUUGUUUUUAAAUGUA